CGUAGCAAAGGUAUUGAGCUCUGGAGGCGGGCGUUCUUGCUCAGCGGGAGGCAGCCGUUGGUCCUUGGGGCCGUCGCUCAACCGCGGACUCUUCGCUGAUUGGUUCGCGGCGUCUAUUUCCAAUAUUAUAAACAUGUCCUCUGCUUUCCUGCCCCUGCGAGCACGGCUUGUUGGAGGCGACCAUACUAUGGUGUAAGGAAGCGAGGGGGCCCGUGCAAUUCAUUAUUAGUUUGAAUCAGACAAUAUAAAACUCCGACCUUUUGUUUGUUUUAUUGGAAAUGGUUAUAAUGUAAGGGCAUCUCAAUGCACGGGCGCGCUUUUAAAUGAGGCACGCGUAAAGUGGAGACUUAAACGCUGUUGAUUUGAUGUUCUGGUCUCAUCAUUAUCAUCACCAGCAGUAUCAUUAGUAGCUAACUGGCAUUUUGUUUUCGGGGGCUUCGGCGAGAAGUGACAAGAAUCUAAGACCCCUCCUCUGCAGGGCGGAGCGUGCAUUUUGAUGUCGAUUUUGUAUCUUUUUUUCUUCUCUGACACGUCCGCACUGAGUGAAUGGCAUUGGCACAUUGUCAAUCGCUCACUACCGCUGCCAUCAAACAACAUAAAGCACACACAGCCCGCGCGCUCGACUCAUAAAUUUCCGCCAGCAGAUAUUUUUGCGCAUCGCUUUAUGGCGCGUGAUUAAUUUUUUCGCCAGUUUUUCUAUUUUCCCUUCUGAAAGUGAGAAAACUUUUUUAUACGUUUUUAUAUUUUUUCCUACAAUCUUUAUAGCUCUGGUCGCCGGUGCUGAUGGUUUAAUUUAUUUCACUCGGCUUCUUUUAUUUUCUUAUAUUUUAUUUUUGGAAAAUCUUUUCAAAGGCAAUAUUUUUGCCUGCUGUUCACACUCAAUGUGCUUAUUUUUUAAUUACAUAAUCAUUAAUUUUGAUUAAUUGUUACUUUCCAUCAGAGGCAUGGGAUGUUUUGCUUGCAACUCUUUGUAAUACUACGGAUUUGUCCAAGUUUUCCAGAAGUGCACAAGGCGAAAUUAUCCUAAGAAGACCGCAAAUAAGAAUUCCAGACAUCUGCAAAGGACCCCAGCUCUUCAAAGAAAAAGACAAAUUGGCAUGAAGAUUCGGACAGGAUUGAACGGGCAACCACUGUCACCUGAACGCUGAAGUUUACUUAAAUAAUAGGCACGAAAUAGCAUCGCUAAUUUUUCUCCGAUGGACAUUCAUACAGGAGGAUCAAAGACGAUUUAAAUCUUUUCCAUAAAGUGAUUCCUGGGACAUCAAUUCCACUAUAUUUCAUCCAUUGAUUUAUCGUAUUUGCUGCGUUGCUUCACGGUCAAUAUUUUGUGCACGAUAGCGACCCGUUAACCGCCGCACAUGAAAUAAUCAAGUUGUUUUUGCAUGUGCAUUAUCCGACUUUAUUUCACCCAUCUCAGUGACUGAGCACGAGCGCAUUGAUUGUGUUGCGGCGGACUAUGGACGAGCAAGCCCGGAUCAUGCAGGCUCUCGGCGGUGUCAGCCUGGCCGGUCACUCGGUACAGGGAGGCAUGGCUCUGCCGCCUCCACAUGGACACGACGGAACCGAUGGGGAUGGAAGAAAACAAGACAUCGGUGACAUUCUGCAUCAGAUCAUGACCAUCACCGACCAAAGCCUGGACGAGGCGCAAGCAAAGCACAGGAAACAUGGGCUCAACUGUCACAGAAUGAAGCCAGCCCUCUUCAGUGUCCUCUGCGAGAUCAAAGAGAAAACAGGUCUAAGUAUCCGCGGGGCUCAGGAGGAGGACCCGCCCGAUCCACAGCUGAUGCGUCUUGACAACAUGCUUCUGGCAGAGGGCGUGUCAGGACCGGAGAAGGGUGGAGGAUCGGCGGCGGCGGCGGCGGCAGCAGCAGCAGCCGGCAGUCCCACUGACAACUCCAUCGAGCACUCUGACUACAGGGCCAAACUCUCCCAGAUCAGACAGAUCUACCAUACCGAGCUGGAGAAAUAUGAGCAGGCAUGUAACGAGUUCACUACCCACGUCAUGAAUCUGUUGAGGGAGCAGUCUCGCACACGGCCCAUCUCGCCCAAAGAGAUCGAGCGCAUGGUCAGCAUUAUCCAUCGCAAAUUCAGCUCCAUCCAAAUGCAGCUUAAACAGAGCACCUGUGAGGCCGUCAUGAUUUUGAGGUCCCGCUUCCUCGAUGCCAGACGGAAACGGCGGAACUUCAGCAAGCAGGCGACCGAGAUCCUGAACGAGUAUUUUUACUCGCAUCUUAGUAACCCUUACCCCAGCGAAGAGGCCAAAGAGGAGCUGGCUAAGAAGUGCAGUAUAACAGUAUCCCAGGGGGUGGGAACCACCAUCACAGUGGCACAGGUAUCCAACUGGUUCGGCAACAAGAGGAUCCGCUACAAAAAAAACAUCGGGAAGUUCCAAGAGGAGGCCAACCUGUAUGCCGCCAAGACAGCCGUGACUGCCGCGCAUGCAGUAGCCGCCGCCGUCCAGAAUAGUCAGACCAACUCACCCACCACACCCAACUCCGGAUUCCAGAUGAAAGAUGAAGAAUUUCAGCUGGACUCUGCAGAGAACAAAAACACUCUAUUAACCAACAUGUUCACUGGUUCGUCAGGUUCUUUUAACCUCCCAAACUCGGGGGACAUGUUCAUGAGCAUGCAGAAUCUGAAUGGGGAUUCUUACCAAGGGGCACAAGUCGGAGCCAAUGUGCAGUCACAGGUGGAUACCCUGCGCCAUGUUAUCAGUCAGACGGCAGGAUACAAUGAUGCCCUGGGGGGGAAUCCCAUGUAUAGUCCACAUGGCUUGAAUGGUAAUGGGGGAUGGCAUGAUGCUACGACUCCAUCCUCUGUGAUCUCCCCUACAGAAGGCCCUGGUAGUGUGCACUCUGAUACCUCGAACUGAUCUCCUCAUUGACAUGGCCCCUUCCCAAGCUGUGGACAACCAAUCACAGAAUUACAAAACCACAGACUGACCAAUCAGAGACACAGAAUAGACUCUCACAGAUAAUCCAGAAACAUCCUCAUGGAAUCAUCCACAGUACUUUUCCACAGUGUUUUGGAAGCUGGACAUUUCUUAGCCGUAACAUCAGUCCACUGCAGUUUUUAACUAACAAGCUCUCCUCCAAUCAUAUUAAACCAGUAUGUUUUGUUUCUUUUAUCAUUUGAAGUGUACAAGCUCAAAAUGUAUGUGAGUUAUUAGGGUUUUUCUCUUCUUUUGAGUUUAUUACCAGUCAUAACCCCUCUCCAUUGUUCUAACCAACUGUCGGCAAAGCUUUAGUGCAGGAAUACAACUGAUACAUAAAAAACAGUAUAUUCAUAUGAUGCUAUCCGAUGCAUUUAACAGGGCUAAAUGCUACAGAAGGCAGCUUGGGGACUUCAUUGCUGAUAUUUUUUGUUUUUAUUAAUAUCACACCUAGCAAUGACUUAAACAAGACCAAUUAUGGAAGGCAAUCCACUCCAUUUUGGGGGGUGAUUUUUUGAAAUACCUGGCAAUUAAUGUCUUUUUUUAAAAACAAAAAAAUGUAAUCAAUAUUCAGCCCACUACGAUUAAGGAAAGGAAGUGUAGAAGAUGUGAAAAGGAAAUAUCUUGGAGGUGGACGCUCUUCUGGCAAUUUUCAAUUCAAAAACGUUCUUGUAUAUGACAUAGCUUGAGAGUAUUUAUACAUCUCACAAAUAAAUACUCAGCUUUAUUACCUCAUUGAAACUCAUAGAAAACCAAUAGAUUUAAAACAUUUCUUUAGCUUAUAGUGCUCUCACUGACUACCUCUCAACAAAAUCACCACCACCACCACCGUUUUUGUCUUUUACUUUCUGUCAUUGUUUUUAAAAUACAUGUUUUACUUUUGUUUUUGAUUCGGUUCCAUCUUGUAAGAAAUUUGAUCUCUCUGUCUCUCUCUCUCUCUCGCUCUUUAUGUAAUCUAAUGUAUAUUUUAACCUUCUAAGAAAACUAAGUUGCUUUGUUGCAACUUUUAAAAAAGAAAAAAAUAACCAUAAUAUUAAUAAUACGAAUAACACGGAGAGUAUGGAGAGUACAGUGGCUGGUGGAGGGGAAUUUUGUGCUGGAACAGGGAGGGGGAAAUACGAUCAUAAAAUUAACACCAAACAGUAAAACUGUUGUAAAUACUGAAGAACAUUUUGAAUGUUGCUCAUCUUGUUACUAAUUCAUGCAAAAAAGAAAUAAAAAAAUUAAUAAACAAAAACCCAUGAUUAAAAAAAAAGAAAGAAAACCUGUAAUGCAUAGAGGUUUCAGUAUUCAGAAUUGUACAUUUCAAAACCCUGUGUGACAGGGUUCCAACUUUCUUUCUCUUUUUUUGUAUCGUAUGUGAUUCUGAAACUGAUAAAAAAAAAAGUCAUACAAAAUUUAUUUGUGGCAGUGGUUCUAAUGUAUUAAAGAUGUUUCGUGUUUCUUUCUAACCAGACUACACCCUGGACUGAAAAGUCUUCCUUGUGGUAGUUAUGUGUAAUUUCAAACAUGAAUAAACUGUUUUCCUUUCAUGACA